AUGGCUUCGAUCGCUAAGGCUAGGCCGUCGCGCCGUGCAGCCGCGCGCCGAAGCUAUGUGGUUGAGGAAACUUCCGAGUCCGAGGACGCCGGCAAUGUCACACCAACCGCCUCCACGCAAGACGGCGAGGAGGAGGCGGACGACGAUGAUGACGACGAUGAAGAAAGCGAAGACGAGCAGGACUAUACACCUGUUGCGCCCAAAUCGAAACGUCCCUCUGGCAAACGACUGACUCUAGAGCCCGUGACCCCCGCGACUGUGAAACCUGCGCAAAAGUCACGACAGCCAAGAGCAUCGAUCGCACCAGAGACAGAGGAGUCAGAUGUGUCUCAGGUAGAGGUAACGGAUGACAGCGAGGAAGAUGACGAGGAAGCCAGCGUUAUCUCUGCCGCCGUGGACCCGGACUCUCCCUCGAACCAAGCAGUCUUGAAGCGGAAGAGCGUCGAGCCUGCAGAGGCUGACCCUGAUUCGCCUAUGAAUAAGGCGACACUGAAAAGACAAAGUAUGACUCAACCCCUUGAGAGUCGUGGUUCAAUCACUCCGACGUCGACAAAGGGCUCACUUCCCACUCCAGAGCCAUCUGAGUCGCCAGAGACCACUCCAACACGCGCACACCGGGAAAGUGUGCCACCUCUGUCCGACAUUACCCAGUCCGCCACGAAUGUGCAGACCCCCAUGAAACAAAGCGAAGACGCCAAACAACAGAUAUCGAUCAUCAACCCCAAUUCUACAGUACUUGAACGACCGAUGGACAUAGUGAUGAAGUCUAGGAAUAUGCCAUUGCCCGCGGUGGCCGAGGAUUCGGCGGAACCAAAGCCCCGCAUGAUCAUUCAAAAUCUCAUUCUAACCAACUUCAAGAGUUACGCGGGAAGGCAGGUCGUCGGCCCAUUCCACGCGUCUUUCUCGUCCGUAGUCGGCCCUAACGGAUCAGGGAAGUCCAACGUCAUUGACUCCUUGCUAUUUGUGUUCGGUUUCCGUGCCAGCAAAAUGCGUCAAGGCAAAAUUUCGGCUCUGAUUCAUAACUCUGCGCAGCACCCUAAUCUUCCUUUUUGUGAAGUUGAGGUUCACUUUGAGCAGGUUAUCGAUCUGCCUGAGGGCCGCCACGAGGUUCUACCAGAUUCUCAUCUCGUUAUCUCCCGACGCGCGUUCAAGAACAACAGCAGCAAGUACUACAUGAAUAAGAAGGAAACCAAUUUCACUGCCGUUACCACAUUCCUCAAGGACCGCGGGAUCGAUUUGGACCACAAGCGGUUUCUCAUUCUUCAGGGUGAAGUCGAAUCCAUUGCACAAAUGAAGCCAAAAGCCGCCAAUGAGCACGAUGAAGGACUUCUUGAAUAUCUAGAGGACAUAAUUGGUACCUCCCAAUACAAGACACCGAUCGACGAAGCUGCUACAGAACUCGAGACAUUGAAUGAUGUCUGCGUUGAAAAGAAUAGUCGCGUCCAACACGUCGAAAAAGAGAAAGCUGCUCUGGUCGAUAAGAAGGACAAGGCCUUGGGUUAUCUCCGCGAUGAGAACGAACUUGCAGAGAAGCAGUCAGCUCUCUACCAGAUUUACAUCAAUGAGUGCGCAGAUAAUGUCCGCGUGACCGAGGAAGCCAUCCUUCAAAUGCAGGAACUUUUGAACUUGGAGCUUGAAAAACACGAAGGCAAUGAGACUGGCAUCAAGGAGCUCGAAAAGGCCUACAAGCGCGGUGUGCGUGAGUACGAGAGCAUGGAGAAGGAAUCGCACGCUGUCGCAAAAGAGAUGGCCAAAUACGACAAGGAGAACGUCAAGUUUGAAGAAAAGAGGAAAUUUCUCCUUGGGAAGCACAAGAAGUUGGAGAAGACCAUGCAGACCAGCCGCCUGGCCGCUUCUGAAAGCACUAGUCUCGUCGAGAAGUACGCCGACGACAUCGAGAAGAAGACUGGAGAGGUUUCUCAACUUGAGCAGGAAAUGCAGACCGAGGAGGAGGAACUUGAUUCAAUCCGUGAGAGUUUGAAGGGAAAGACUCAAGGGCUUUCUGAACAAAUCGCGAAGAAGCAAAAGUCUCUAGAGCCCUGGAACGAAAAGAUCAAUCAGAAGCAGUCAGCUAUGGCUGUGGCACAAAGUGAGCUGGACAUUCUUCAUGAACGCAGCAAUGCCGGCGCCGUUCUGCUGGAGGAAGCCCAAGCCAAGACCGUGACCAUCGAGGAGAACAUUGUCGCCAAGGAAAAUGAACUUGAAGAGCGACAGGCACAGAAGGAGACACUGGAAGCUGAACUUGCCAAGUUGCAGCACGAUUUGCGAAAGUAUGGCGCUCGCGAGCCAGAGGUACGCGCCCAUGUCUCCAGUGCACGACAAAAGGCCGAAGAGGCACGAGCAAGCUUGGCCAGUACGCAGAAUCGCGGAAGUGUCUUGACUGGUCUUAUGCGGCUCAAAGAGUCUGGUCGUAUUGACGGAUUCCAUGGCCGUUUGGGUAACCUCGGCACAAUCGACGAAAAGUACGACGUGGCCAUCUCAACUGCUUGUCCUGCACUUGACAAUAUGGUUGUCGAGACAGUCGAAAUCGGUCAACAAUGCAUCGACUACCUUCGCAAGAACAAUCUCGGACGCGCAAACUUCAUUCUUCUCGACCGCCUUCCUCGUCGCGAUAUGGCAACUAUCUAUACCCCGGAAAGUGUGCCUCGCCUUUUCGACUUAGUGAAGCCCAAAGAUCCCAAAUUCGCUCCUGCUUUCUACAGCGUGAUGCAGAAUACGUUGGUGGCGAAAGAUCUGGAACAAGCGAAUCGCAUUGCAUACGGUGCGCGACGUUGGCGAGUGGUGACACUCGACGGUCAAUUGAUUGACGUUUCGGGUACCAUGAGUGGUGGUGGCACGCGGGUCGCUCGAGGUGGUAUGUCUUCUAAGCAAGUUGCCGACACUACCAAGGAACAAGUCGGACGGCUUGAGUCUGAUCUUGAAGAAUUGGAGCGGAAGUUCCAGAUCUUCCAAGAGAAGCAGCGCAACAUCGAAGCCAACAUGCGGGAGAAGACGGAGGAGAUCCCGCGAGUGGACACGAAGAUCCAAAAGAUCAUGAUGGAGAUCGAAAGUGCCAAGCGCAGUCUUGCAGAUGCUCAACGGCGGGUGAAAGAACUCCAAGUCGCGCACAAGCCAUCAAAGACGGAUGAAGGUCAAGCGGCGGCCCUAGAGAAGCAAAUUGAGGCAAUGAGCGACGAUAUUGAGGAGCUCAACCAAGAAAAGAGCGGCAUUGAAGAGGAAAUUCAAGAAUUGCAAAACAAGAUUAUGGAAGUCGGCGGUGUCCGUCUUCGUGGCCAGAAAGCCAAGGUUGACGGUCUGAAGGAACAGAUCAGUCUGCUCAGCGACGAGAUCUCCAACGCCGAAGUGCAGAAGUCCAAGAACGAGAAGCUUAUCACUAAGCACUCUAAAGCCCGCGACGCUUCGGAGAAGGAGAUUAACCAAAUCACGGAGGAAUUGGAGAAGCUCGAAGAGGAUGUUGAGAAUCAAGCCAAUGACGCUUCUGAAUGGAGGCAGAAAGCAGACGAGGCUCAAGAAGCCCUUGAGAGCAAGAAGAGUGAAUUGAAAUCUCUCAAGGCCGAGCUUGACGAGAAAGUGACCGAACUCAACGAGACACGCGCCACCGAGAUCGAGAUGCGUAACAAACUGGAGGAGAACCAAAAGGCCCUCGGCGAGAAUCAAAAACGCAGCCGGUACUGGGAGGAGAAGCUUUCCAAGCUCUCCUUGCAGAGUAUCAGCGACUUGGGUGAGGAGCAGGAGACGACGGAGCUUCAAACAUACACCAAGGAUGAGUUGGAUGCGAUGAACAAGGAGUCUCUCAAGGCGGUGAUUGCCGCUCUCGAGGAGAAGGUGCAGAACACAUCCGUUGAUCUUUCGGUUAUCGAGGAAUACCGUCGCCGUGCUGCUGAGCACGAGUCCCGAUCAGCGGAUCUGGCCGAGGCGUUGUCAUCUCGUGACGCUGCCAAGGCCCGCUUGGAUGGACUUCGCUCCGCACGACUCAACGGCUUCAUGGAAGGAUUCGGCAUCAUUUCUCUUCGUCUGAAGGAAAUGUACCAGAUGAUCACCAUGGGUGGUAAUGCCGAGCUGGAACUCGUCGAUUCGCUCGAUCCGUUCUCCGAGGGCAUCCUGUUCUCGGUCAUGCCCCCCAAGAAGAGUUGGAAGAACAUUGGCAAUCUCUCGGGUGGUGAAAAGACGCUUUCGAGUCUGGCCCUGGUGUUCGCCCUGCACCACUACAAGCCGACGCCGCUCUAUGUCAUGGACGAGAUUGAUGCGGCGCUGGAUUUCCGCAACGUCUCCAUUGUGGCCUCAUACAUCAAAGAGCGAACGAAGAAUGCCCAAUUUAUUGUCAUUUCGUUGCGCAACAACAUGUUUGAACUCGCUUCUCGCCUCGUCGGUGUGUACAAGGUCAAUCAUAUGACGAAGAGUGUCACGAUCGAGAACAGAGACUACAUUGAGGGACGAUGA